GUUUGAAGAAGAUGGAUGCUUCGUCGAAACCAAAUAACUUUUCUUGGCAGCAGCUUUAUGGAAAAACUUCCCGAGGAACCAUCCUCGGAACUCACACUACAGGGCUUGGAUAUGUCGUUGUUAUGUUCUUCCUUCUUUUUUGGCUCGAAAUUUUUGAAGUGAUACCGACGUUGUUUACGCACUCUGUCGAGCUACUGGCGACCAAUUUAGCACUUUUUAUUUUCAUUAUGAUUAAUGCUGCUGGAAACUAUUUCUACUUAGUAACGACUGACACAUCUUAUAAGAAGAUGGAACAAUUCAGCGAGGGUCGGGAUGGAGAUUUCUAUUGCCAAUCGUGCGAACAAAAUUCGCCUCCAAGGUCACACCAUUGUUCUUUUUGUGACAGGUGUAUCGUAAGGCGUGACCAUCAUUGCUUCUUUGCAGCAGCUUGCAUUGGUCACGCAAAUGCGCGUUUCUUUGUUGUAUUCAAUUUUUUUGCAUUCGUUGGAUCAGCUUAUUCGGUGAUCAUAAACUUAUUUUAUUUACAUCUGAAGAUCGGUCCUUUGAUUCCUCUCAGUUUUGAGGCCAUUUGCAAAGUUGUUCCACUUUUGACAGUUUUUAAAGUAUGGAACGGAAGCGUAACGUUGUAUUAUUUCCUGGUAGUUAUAGUGACAUGGCUAUGUAUGGUUCAAAGUCUGGGUUGUUCUAGCUGCUGCCUCUUUCAGCUGACUUUGAUUUUCGCUGGGCAGACAACAUAUGAAUGGCGCCAUAAUAACUUCGUUUACAGCAAAGGCUGGAAGAACAACUUUUACGACAUUUGCGGAAAAAAGUGGUAUCUCUGGUGGCUUUUCCCCUUUUUUCAGUGGCAAAAGCUUGCAUCAAGAGAGGAAGAAUAUUAUGCGCAAUAUAGUUCCAAAACCUCAAAAUAUGUCUGAGGACAUCAUCAUGGUAAUUGUCAAUUAUUUAUUGUGCUUUCUCAUCCAAAUAUAUGCAAAAGUAUC